UUGCAACUGUCAAAAAUUUUCGUCCAACUUUUCAAAAAUAACCCAAAAAGAUGUGUCCUAUCGAUAAGUUGAUAAUUGGUGUGUUAAUUGUUAGUUUUUCGUCGAUUUCUCAUUGUCACAAUAAAUAUUCGGCCGAAGCGAAUGUGAAAAAAUCGAACGAUGAUGUGGAUUUUCGGCCGGUGUCGCUGAAGCACCUGGAUAAGCCUUUCAGGAUGGCUAAAUUAAAUCUCUUAUGGUCCAAGGCUGUGGUGAGGCUCUCUGAACCUAAACUAAAAUCCCUGUUUGGCGAAUUGAAAUUGCACGAUAAAGAGGAAAUCACUUGGAAGCAUUUGAAAGCAGAGGGGAAGGACAAAGACGGGUUAAAAGAGGCCGAGUUGAGGAAGAAAUUGCUGACAAUAAUGGGGUCCUAUAAUUUACUGGACCAAGCCGAUGACGUGCAAGACCCGUCUAAAUAUAGAGCUCAUAAACCUCUGAAUGAGGCCUCCGACAAAUACAUAAACAAGAGUUUAUUUAAAGAUAAAAAGUUGAACAAACUGUGGGAAAAAGCCGAGACUGCUGGUUUUACGGCCGAGGAGUUGGCGGCUUUAAAAGAGGAAUUUACCCACCACCAGGAUAAAGUUGACCAAUAUUACGCUUUGUUGCAUGAUGUCAAAGGCAAGGAACAAGACGAUAACACUGCCAAUUCGGUAGAUGAUGGUUUAGACAAAUUCAACACCAUUGAAAGUCUGGAAGAGCCACAGGCAAACAAGGAUUAUCUGGACAAAGUGAACCUCCUCAGGGAGCAGCACAAGGAUAUCCGGGACGGCUACGACCGCUUGCAUUUGCUGGCGGCAAAGGGGCCCAACAGUAAAGAAUUUGUGGAACCCAAAGUUCAAGGUUUAUGGAAAAUCGCAAUUGAAAGUAACUUUAAACCUGACGAGUUGGAGUCGUUACGAGUGGAGCUCCUGCACUAUGAAAAUAGGUUACUUAAAUUGAGGCAUCUUCAGGCUGAAGCUGCCUUGAAAGAAGAUCUGCACAAGAAAAAAAUGGAAAUGGCAGGGGGUAAAACAAACGGAAUGCAGAUGAUGGAAGACACGAUUAAAAAGCAUGCAAGGAAGGUCGAGAAAAUUCACUUGGAUCUGGAAACUAGGAUAAUGCAGAGGCAUAUUGAAUUGUGAUUAUCUAAUUAGUGUUGUAAAUAACAAAAAUGCAUUUGAAUUGUUUAUUUUGUAGUAUUUUUUAACGAAUAUAAUACGUAUCACAAAUAA